GUCGUCUAAAAGCAUUAACAAUUUUACCUUCCCCAAAUUCUCCUACCCCCUUAAACCCUUUCUGAACCUCAGCCAUCCCAUAACUCUACACACAAGAAAUUCUCAUGAUCAAUCCCACUGCAUUUUAUUCAGAAAAAUGUCAUCUUUCGUACUGAAAAGAUCACGCAAUAACAUAUCACUUCACAAAUUUGACCUCAAAAUCCGUUUACUCACCCGUUUAUUCUCUUCUUUCUCCGAACCCCAUCUUCACAAUUCUCCUAUUCCAACGCAUAAUAAGUCGGUUUCAGCUUCUGAUUCUGCGUUCCUGGCCAAGAAAAAUAAUUGUUUCUCUUCAUAUUUUCAUGGGAAUUGGAAGAUGCCGUGUGGGUCUAAUUUUGCACGUUUUCUGAGUUCGCAGGCUGCAGUUGAGGCGUCCACUUCUGAUGGGUUGACAGUGGAAGGUAUCAUUGCAAAUAAUUGGGUCAUUUAUGAUGAAAAUGAGAGUGACUGGAAGAGCCAUGCCGCUGCCAUUGCUCAGUCCAUUCACCUUAUUAAGAAACGCCUACGAUGGAGGAAAUUAAUUCCUCGGCUGGAGAUAUUAUCAGAACAGUUGAAUAAGGCAGACCUAUGGGAUGAUCCUGCACGUGCAGGAAAAAUAAGCCGCGAGCAUGGUUCGAUUAUGGUCAAAAUGAAGGAGGUUAAUGCUUUUGAGCAAGAACUGUUUGAACACAUCGAUAUGAUAAAGCUUGCUCGUGAAGAGAAUGAUGCAGAACUGGAAUCGGAAUCAUUGCAAGCUCUACUUACACUGAGAAGAAACAUCAAAGAAAAAGAGCUUGAAGCUUUGUUAGCUGGGGAACAUGACUCGUGCUCUUGCUUCAUAGAGGUUCAAGCUGGAGCUGGUGGUACUGAGAGCAUGGACUGGGCCUCAAUGGUCAUGCAGAUGUAUGUGAAAUGGGCCGAAGGUCGGGGCUUUGGAGUUACUGUUGUGGACGAAAUGCCCGGCGAACUUGCAGGAAUCAAGCGUGCCACAAUCAAAGUUGAUGGGGAGUAUGCAUUUGGAUAUGCCAAAGCUGAAGUUGGGUCACAUCGUUUGGUCCGUAUCUCUCCAUUUGACAGCAACAAGCGUAGGCAUACAUCAUUUGCUUCUGUAGCUGUAAUACCAAUUCUAGGCGAUGGAUUUUCACAUUUUCAAAUCAAUGAGUCUGACCUACGCAUUGAGCGGUUCCGAGCAGGCGGGGCUGGGGGUCAGCAUGUUAACACAACUGAGAGUGCUGUGCGGAUCACUCACAUUCCUACUGGAAUCACCGCCUCUUGUCAAAAUGAAAGGUCACAGCAUCAGAACAAGGCUUCUGCCAUGGCUGUGCUUCAGUCUCGAUUGGACCAACUUGAAAUGGAACGUCAAGCUCAAAUAAAUGCAGAGCACACACAAUCCCUAACCGACAUAAAUUUUGGCAGUCAAAUACGGUCUUAUGUGCUUCAUCCUUACAGAAUGGUCAAGGAUCAUCGGACUGACUAUGAGGUUUCAGAUCCUGACUCUGUGCUCCAAGGCGAUCUUGAUGGCUUUAUCCUGAGCUAUCUUUCUGCCUCCUUGGACAAAAAUGAAGACGAAGACCCAUGAAUAACAUGCCAAGCAAUGACGUUUGGAACACUAUGGUCUAUUAAUUUGUCCUGGCUGAUGAUUCAUGGCGAAAAUUGCUAUACCAUAUACAGUCAGUAGUACGAUACGCUUGCUGCCUUGCUGUACCAGAAACUUAUAGAAGCUCAUACGGCUUACGACAUUUUUUCUGGGCAGGAUAUGAUCCACCAUCCAUUUGUUAAGUAGUUAAUUUCUUGAAAUAAGAAUCAAUGAUGGUGUAAACUAUGUAUGUGGGGUGCCGAUAUGUUAUUACUUCGUCCCUGGAAAAGAUGGUAAUUCGUUCA